AGAAAAAUACUUGAAUUGUUCAAGAUUUAUUAUACCCCGACUCACUGAAAACUUGAUUAAUUCGAGUUUUCAUGUUUCGCAACUCGAGCGUGCAGAAUUCAUUUUUUUCUUACAUUAGAAACCAUGCGAGUUGUGUGUUCAUUCGAGGUAUAAAAAACUCAAACAUUCGACCUUCGAUAAAACCCCCCCUGUGCCGCCCAUUGGGCUUUUAUAGCUCUUUAUAUAUAUUUUGAUAGCCCAAUUAUAUUACUGUUACUUAGUUACUUCAUUCAGAGCCUCUAGCUUUAAAUUUGCUAGCCAAUACCUCACUACCACUGAUUCAAGGGAGUCAUGUUAUCAUAGGGCAGCCGUUAUUUCCCUUCACAGUGGCAGCCAUUCAUACCUGUUCAGCUUAGGGUGAGAAGGUAUUCUGUUUUUACCUCGAGGAUACAGUUUCUUUUGGAUUACAAUUGCUUGCAACAAUUCUACAAUUAAAGCCAAGGAAUUAAAGCUCAUCUAAUGCUGUGUUCUUGUGAGUAAGCUACUGUCAAAUGUAAGUUCAUCCAUUUCUACAAUUUACUGGAGGCAGAAUAGUAAAAACAGAACCUUGCACCCUUCGCUAGUGAAGACAAAGGCUUGCACCCUGUACUAGUAAAGAUAGCAAGAUUGAGACUUGUUUCUUGUUAUACAACAAGCCUGCUCACAGGAUUGAAUCAAGAAUUGCUUAAGUCUGCUUAUGCUUUGCUAACGUGGGACUGUUAAAAAUCAAAUGCCUAUGUCUGUUGACAGCUGUUGCCAGCCUGCUAUUUAAUCUUGCUAAACUGAACUGUGGUUAACUGGAUCUUUUCAUCCCUACAAUAUCUUCAGAGACAGAUAUAAUUUCUCUACUUGUCAUAAAUCCGUGGAUUUCAUUAUCUAUAGAAGUUUAUAUUGUUUUGACUUUUCAAAGCUUAAGGAUUACAGUUUAUUUGCUCUUAUUGAGAGGAUCAAGUUACAAACUUAUACUGGACUCUUUUUGCCUGCAAGGUGGUAAUAAUUUUCAUCACACCCAGCUUUCUGUCAAAUAUAUAUAAUGUCUUUACAAGGAUUUGAAUGUUCAAGUAAUGCAAAUAUUCAAGAAAUGGCAUCUGCAAAGAAUUAAAUCAAAUGUCUGUUAUGCCAAAGCGUGCAACCAAACCUUCCCAAAAGGUGAUAGAAAACUAUGAGACCGAAAAAGAUCUUAUUUUAGGGAAGCUGGAUGAUAUUUGGAAGAAGAAUGUUCAUUGUAUGUCACUUUUUAAUGCCAAUUCUGAUAAUUCCAGUGAGCUGAAUGAUGUUCUAAAACGUUUAAGAAAUGCCUUUGACUGUUUUCAAACACUGUCUGAGAGAUAUCUUGCAUUUUUAAACAGAUCAGGUAUUAAAGGUUUAUCUGAGGAGAAGAAUAGAAUUUAUCUCAUUAAAGAGCAACGGUGUAACACUGUUCUUGAGGUAAUAAUGAAGAUUGAACAUAGGAUUGCGGAUUUACAUGAAGUUAGAUCACAUAGGAGUGUAUCUUCAAAACACACAUCCAGGUCCUCUAAAUCUUCCAGAUCCGCCUAUUCACACCAUUCCACAGUCAGUGACAGGCUUAUUAAAGCACGUGCAGAUGCGGAAGUAGCAAAAUUAUUAUCAAAGUUCUCUGUAAAAGAGGCUAUGCUUAAAGCUUCUCAAACACAAAUGCAAGCAGAAAGAGAUGAGGCUGCAGCUUUAGCAAGGCUGAGGGUGUAUGAGGAGGCUGUAAAAGGACAAAGUGGGGAGGAACCAAUAAGUAUUGCUGCUUCACUUGCCUCAGAGGACCCACUGAAGCGUACUAGAGACUAUCUUGCAAGUCUCAGCAGUAGGCAAGCAGUAGACAAUGCCUCAGAGGAGCAUGAAUUUACACAUAAAGUUCAGGAGCAGUCCCAACAAGAAGCAUACAUUUUGUCCAGUAACAAAGGUCAAAUUACUGCGGAUACAAAUAUUAAUGCUAGAAGCCUCUACAGUGCUCAAUCCAUGCAGCUACAGGUGGGUGCACUACAACAGGUUGGCAUCACAAGUUUGGAUACACCGCAUGACACAAAGGCCUUUUCCCUGGGACAAACACUUCUAAGUGAUAUGGCUCCCUCGCAGAGACAAGCGAGAACAACACUCAUUGAACCUCCUCCAGGACUGAACACCUUUGCACCUCCAUACAUUCCUGCAACCUCAAGUGUAACAAAUACAGAUACCAGGCUAGAACACGCUCCUCAGAUCAUUAAGACGGAAAGGUCAGAGAUGUCUGAAUUUGCCAAGUAUAUGAUCCGACGUGAGCUUAUAAGCUCUGGUCUUACAAACUUUGAUGAUUAUCCUGAAAACUACAGAUCUUGGAAGUCAACUUUCAAAACAACAAUAGAGGAUUUGGGAAUCACUGCAAAAGAAGAACUUGACCUACUGGUAAAAUGGUUAGGCUCAGAGUCUUCUAAACAUGUUGUUCAGAUCAGAAGAGUGCAUGUGCACAAUUCUACAGCAGCCCUCAGUGCUGCUUGGGAAAUUUUAGAGCAGACAUAUGGCAGCUCAGAAGUUAUAGAAAAUGCCCUGUUCAAGAGAAUACAGGAUUUCCCAAAAAUCUCCAACAGGGAAAAUCUUAAAUUUCAAGAACUGAGUUAUCUUCUUCAGGAAUUACAACUUGCUAAAGAAGACCCUUGCUUACCAGGCCUCAGUUAUCUUGAUACUGCACAUGGAGUUAAUCCAGUGGUUGAGAAACUGCCUUUCAACCUUCAAGAUAAGUGGACAUUUUUAGGUUCAAAAUACAAACAGGAGCACCAUGUCUCCUUUCCACCUUUCUCUUACUUCUGUAAGUUCAUCAAGGAUAUAGCCAGAGCCAAGAAUGACCCAAGCUUCAUAUACACUGACUCAAGAGUACCUACGUCUCCUUCUUCUAAGUCACAGAAGCCAGAUUCCAGGUACAAAGAGAAAACUGGGCCAGUAUUUGUUCAGAAAACAGAUGUUAUUCAAAGAGAAAAGGUUGAGAAUCCAGACAGACAAUGUCCUCUUCAUAAAAAACCUCAUGCUCUUAAGAAGUGUAGAGGAUUCAGGGACAAAACCCUCAAGGAACGCAAAGAGCUUCUUCAAAAAUAUGGCAUUUGCUACAGGUGCUGUGCAUCAACAGAACACUUUGCUAAAGAGUGUAAGGCUGUCAUCAAAUGUUCAGAGUGUGAAAGUAUUAAGCAUGUUUCUGCCCUUCAUCCAGAGCCUCUCAGUCCUUCGUCUGGGCAACAGAUAACCCCUGCAGCAGAGAAUGGCGGGGAGGACGCAGUGUUAACCACUACAUCUCCCAUGGUUUCUUCUACAUGCACACAAGUUUGUGGAGAUCGCCUUCAUAGCAAGUCAUGUGCCAAAAUAUGUCUUGUUAAUGUGCAUCCUAAAGGGCAUCCUGAGAAAACUGUGAGAAUGUACGCUAUCUUGGAUGAUCAAAGCAAUCGAUCACUAGCUAGAUCUGAAUUCUUUGAACUGUUCAAUAUUAAUGGGAACACUGAACCCUACACACUUGGAACAUGUGCUGGUGUAACAGAAUCAAUCGGAAGAAGAGCAAAUGGCUUCAUAAUAGCAUCACUUUACAACACUUUGAAGUUACCACUGCCAACUUUGAUAGAGUGUAAUCAAUUACCAAACAAUAGAGAUGAGAUUCCAACACGUGAAGCUGCAAGUCUUCAUCCCCACCUGAUGCACAUAGCUGACCAGAUACCAGCAGUAGACAAAAAUGCAAACAUACUACUUCUUCUGGGCAGAGACAUCUUGCGGGUCCACAAGGUUCGUCAGUAUUGCAAUGGUCCUGGAAAUGCCCCUUAUGCCCAGAGACUCGAUCUUGGAUGGGUGAUAGUUGGAAAAGUGUGCAUUAGUAAGGUACACCCACCAGAUAGAAUCAGUACAUGGAAGACUAACGUGCUAGAGAAUGGUCGCACUUCUUUUUUCAAGCCAUGUAAAGAUCAUUAUUAUGUGAAGGAAAAACCUAAAACUGGCUUUGAGUCAUCCCUCUUCACUCAGGAACGGUUAAUGUCCUCAACGUAUUUCGAUGACCAGCUUGAAAACACAAUAUUCCAAGUUACAGUGGAUGACAACAAACCAGCUCCAUCUAUCGAAGAUAAAGAGUUUAUUAAGAUAAUGGACAAAGAAUUCUUUAGAGAUGAUUCUAACAGCUGGGUAGCUCCUCUACCAUUCCGUGUCCCAAGACAAAGGUUGCCAAACAAUCGAGAACAAGCACUCUUGAGAUUUGUUUCACUACAACGUUCCCUGAAGAAAAAUCCAGAGAUGAGAGAACAUUUUGUGAAUUUUAUGAAAAAGAUCUUUGACAAUCUUUACAGAAAACAAUGGAAAAGUGUUCAGCAUCUUGCCGAUUAUUUUUGGAACAGAUGGAGGAAGGAAUACCUCUCUACUUUACAAGACCGCAGGAAAUGGCAGAAAGACCAACCAAAUUUAAAUAUAGGAGAUCUAGUUCUUCUAAAAGACGAGCAAAGUCAUCGCAAUGAAUGGCCAAUGGGACUAAAAAAUGUAUUUCCCAGUGAUGAUAAAAAGGUACGCAAGGUUGAAGUAAAGACUGUUAAAAACGGAACGGCAAAGACUUUCACCAGACCUAUCACAGAAGUAAUACUUUUGCUGCCCAAUAAGGACAACUCAAGGUCAACUCAUGGGAAUAUCAAAGAAGGCAUGAAUGACAAGGGAUAGUGACUGUUUAUCAAGUAUUCCCUUUAUGGAUUGUUGUUGCGUGUUCUCUCUUUUUUUUCUCUUUCAGGCUCCUGUGGAAGAUGCAGAAUUGAACUAUUGUUUGUUUUAUUGGUUCUUAGAUGUACAUACAUAUUUAUGUUGAUAUAUCUAAAAGUUUAAUUAGAUAUAUAAUUUUUUAAUAAUAGUGGUAUUUACAGAUACCAAGCGGGGAGUGUGCCGCCCAUUGGGCUUUUAUAGCUCUUUAUAUAUAUUUUGAUAGCCCAAUUAUAUUACUGUUACUUAGUUACUUCAUUCAGAGCCUCUAGCUUUAAAUUUGCUAGCCAAUACCUCACUACCACUGAUUCAAGGGAGUCAUGUGAUCAUAGGGCAGCCGUUAUUUCCCUUCACAGUGGCAGCCAUUCAUACCUGUUCAGCUUAGGGUGAGAAGGUAUUCUGUUUUUACCUCGAGGAUACAGUUUCUUUUGGAUUACAAUUGCUUGCAACAAUUCUACAAUUAAAGCCAAGGAAUUAAAGCUCA